AUGGAAAAUCUUACUCCGCUGCUAGUUGGGCUCAUUGUCCUCAGCUUAGCAAUAUGGGGCCAAUUGUUUCGAAGAAAUACUACCAGUGGCCUCCCACCAGGGCCAAAGCCCCUUCCUCUGAUUGGAAACAUAAGAGACCUUCCUGCCCCAGGAAUACCCGAGUACCAGCAUUGGAUCAAGUUCAAAGAUACGUACGGUCCAAUCAGCUCAGUAUCUAUUUUGGGCCAGCCGAUGAUUCUCUUGCACGAUAAGAAGGCAGUGCGUGAUCUAUUAGAGCAGACAUCUCUCAAGACAUCUCUCAGACCUUCCUCAAUUUUUGCCGAUGGCUGUGGCUUUGGUAAUUUCUUGCCCUUUCGGCAGUACAACGACACAUAUCGAUGGCACCGCAAGCUAGUCCACCAGCAAAUCGGUACCAAAGUCAUGGCCGCCCGAUUCAAUGAUGUUCAAGAUGUGGAGUCGCGACGCUUCCUUCUAAGGGUUCUACAAAACCCGGAAGAUUUAGUAAAGCACUUUAAGACUGAAGCUAGUGCUAUAGUCUUGAAAAUCACGUACGGUUAUGCUAUUGAACCACUAACCCAUGACCCGCUGGUCUCCUUAGUUGAGCGUAUGAUGGACAAUAUGUCACUUGCGCUUGUGCCCUUGGCUUGGAUAGUAGAUAUCCUUCCAUUCAUGAACCACCUACCAGAAGGAUUUCCAGGCACUUCCUUCAAAACUCGAGCUCGAGAAUGGAACCAAGUCAACCAAACAGUGACAGAUGCGCCCUUCAAGUUCGUGCGAAGACACCUUGCGGCUGGGACGCACCGGACAUCUUAUGUGUCACAACUGAUUGAGAAGUAUGGAACGAGCAAGCAUGGAGAGCUAGAAUUAUCGCCCGAGGAGGAAAACGCUAUCAAGCAGACGGCGGCAAUUUUGUACGGCGGUGGAGCGGAUACAACUGUCUCAACAUUAAGCAGCUUUGUCCUUGCCAUGAUACUGUUUCCAGAUGUUCAACAAAAGGCCCAGCAAGAAAUUGACAAGGUGAUUGGCAAUGAAAGGCUACCGGAUUUCUCUGAUCGGCAUCAACUUCCAUACGUCAGUGCAUUAGUGAGCGAGACGCUCCGCUGGCUUCCAGUUACGCCGAUCGGUACACCUCAUGUGACGGACGAUGAAAUAAUGUACAAUGGUUUCAGGAUCCCGAAAGGAACAUAUUUGCUCCCGUCAAUCUGGUGGUUUUUGCAUGACCCCGAAACGUACGCAAAUCCAAGUGAUUUCGACCCUGACAGAUAUUUGGAACCACGAAAUGAGCCAGACCCUACGACAGAAUCAUUUGGCUACGGCCGAAGAAUAUGUCCUGGAAGAUUUCUCGCUAUGGAGAGCCUUUUCAUUACAGUAUCGCGAAUUUUGGCCGCUUUCCAUAUCAGCAAAGAUAUUGGCGAAGAUGGUGAAGAGGUGGAGGCGAAUCUCCAGCCGACAGCUGGGCUGAUCUGCCACCCUGAGCCCUUCCCAUAUAGAAUUGAGCCAAGAACAAUGAAGCAUUCAGAGCUUAUUCUAUCUGUGGAGAAAGAGCAUCCAUGGGAAAGAAGUGAUGCAGAGUCCCUGGAGCUUUAA